GUUCGCUGGUGGAAGGUUUGCCGGAAAAAAAGCUGUUAAAAUGGCUUAUAUGAAGACUGUAACAGCGGGUCAAUCGUUUAACUAUCAGGAUAAUUCCACUUUGGCCCUGCCGCCGCCUGAAAGAUUAAGCACUUUGGCCCGAGUGGAUAGUGAGCGGAGAGUCAACAACCAAGUACGCAUAAUGAUGCAGAAUAAGAGAAACCAGCAAUCGACCAUUAAAAGAGACAUAUGGAAUGCAAACCAAAAAGACAUUUUUGACCUUGGAAAUAGAAUGCGAAGUAUUUCUGUGAGGAACCAAGGGACUCAGAGGCCCAAGACUUCCAUUUAUAAUGGUACUAUGAAUGGAUUUUCUAAAGUGGAAGACAACCAGUUUUACAGAACGGGAAUGACAAGAGAGAAACGACAAAGGAGCAUGUUCAGUUCAUUCAGUGUGAAGGGAAACAGAACAAUUAGUGCCCCAUCAUAUCGAAAACAUUCUGGCCCUCAGAGCCCACUAGGUGAUAAUGACGUCUUUGUCUCCGGCAUUUCAAGCAGUCGAAGUGAACCAGAUCUCCUUAACAUAGGGACUCUAGCGACAAUUAGACGGAUGAAAAGCAAUCACAAAUCUCCAAACCAGCGGAAGAGUUCUUAUUGGAGAAGAACCAGGACCCUGCGUUCUCGCAUUCUUUCAGAUACUAGAAGUCCUGACAAUGUGAAGUUAAUGCAGACGGGCAUGCAGCUUCAAGUUCCAAAGAGAGAGGGUUCUAAAAGAAUAGUGGAUGGAGUGCGUGAAAUCAAUGUAGACAUGAACCUACAGAAAGCAGUGUCUCUUUUGCACAACCAAGAUCCGAGUGUUCAAGCCUAUGCUGCUUCCUACAUACAGCAUGAAUGUUUUAAGGAGGACAAUGCUAAAGGAACGAUUUACCAAAUGGGUGCAAUUCCUCUACUAAUUAACCUCUUAAAAAUUAAAAAUAUCAAUGUUCAGCAGUCUGCAUGUGCAGCCCUCCGAAAUGCAGUCUAUAAGAACAUCACCAACAAGAUGGAAGUGAAAAAGAAUGAUGGAAUCAAACAAGUACUUCAACUCCUGAGAGAAACAACUGAUCCUGAAACAAAGAAGCAAAUAACUGGACUUCUGUGGAACCUUUCAUCAUGUGAUGCCGUAAAGGAGGACCUAAUUAAUGAUGCCUUGCCAGUGCUGACUGACUCUGUGAUUCUUCCAUAUGCUUCUCAAAUAGUUAAAGGUCAAGGAACCAUUGAUUCAGAAAUAUUCUACAAUGCUUCAGGGUGUCUAAGGAACCUGAGCUCAGCUGGGCAGAGUGGCCGGCAGCAGAUGCGAAACUCUCCUGGUCUUAUUGAUUCUCUCAUGUCUCAUGUUCAAGUGUGCCUUGCGGCAAACCAAGCUGAUGAAAAGUCUGUUGAAAACUGUGUCUGUAUCCUCCACAACCUCUCUUACCAUUUGGAUUCAGAAGUGCCAAGUGCAUUUGCCCACUUCAGUGAGAAUGGAAAUGUGCAGAACACCAAAAAAAUGACAAAGAAGUCUUCUGUAGGCUGCUUCAGUCCUGGAACUGAUCAUUUAGAGGAGACAGAUUUACAUAACAUGCAUUUCUCUCAAGAGGAUGACAAUCCCAAAGGUGUUAACAGCCUCUUCCAUUCAAAAGCAGUCAAAUUGUAUACAUCGCUAUUGGAUAAAUCCAAGUCUGAUGCUACGUUGGAAGCGUCUGCCGGAGCUCUGCAGAAUCUAACUGCCGGCAACAAAGUGUCAUCGUAUCUGAUGAGUUCAGCAUUAGUGGACAAAGAGAAGGCAGUUCCCCGGGUGGCAAAGCUUCUCCAUUCCAGCAACUCAGAUGUGCAGAAAACAGCAGUUUCAUUGCUGAAUAACCUGUCAAGACACAGUAAUCUCCAGCCACAAUUGGCUUCUCAGACAUUACCAGAUUUAGCACAGCUUCUCCCUGGAGGAGGCAGUAAUACCAGUUCUUCAGAUGACACCAUCACUUCUGCCUGUAAUAUUAUGCGAAAUCUGAUUCCAAAUAAUACCAGCUUGGCAAAAACUGUGCUGCAGGGUUCUAUGUUGAGAAAUCUGAUGAAUCUCAGCAAAUCCAGUACACAUCCCUCGGCUGGUAAAGCUGCCUGUCUUUUCCUAUAUGAAAUGUGGGCCCAGAAAGAUCUACAGAGUUUCUUCAAAAAGGAAGGAUUUACAAAGAAGGACUUUGUAAAUGAUUUGACAUCAGCUGCAGUCAAACUAACUCAACAGAAUGCUGCAGGAUUCCUGGGCAAAAAGUUCAUGAACUGAAGUAAUAAAAGUGCUAUAAAGGUGAAUUUAUUUCAUCUAUGAUGAGUGAAGAUCUCUUCAACAAACUCCUGUUGCAUGGACUGAACACUGAAAAAUAAGAAAAUCCAAUGGGUUUAUGGUGGGGAUAGAGACAUUUAAAAGUGAUAACAAUUUCUUUUUCAACUUUUUUUAUUUUCCAGAAUUCUAUUGCAAGCUAAAAGUUCAAAAUGUACUGUUUGAGUGGCAUAUCUCAUUGAAAAAUGUUCUUUAGAGUAUCUCUUAUCCAAGGUCAUGGCUGUUAGCAAGGUUCCUAAUGCUUGGUGAAGUUCUCUCUGGGGUAUAUUGGAUGCCUGUGUUAGUACCUCUGUGAACUAAUUUGAUAAUUUUGCCCAUUAUUUUAACAAAAACAUUUUUGAGUAAGUAAAAUAAGCUUUGUACUUGGAUGUGUGCCAGUUCGCUCAAACUGUCUUUAAAUAGUUUUAAUGUAUAUCAAUACAUCAACAAUUUAGUUUGCUUCUGGGAACAUUCUUUAAGAAUGCUGGAUAAUGAAUUGACAAAGAGAAGAGGCACUCCAAAUUCUAUGACUUACACUGAUCAAAUUGUAAUUUAAAUUUAUUGUUUUACCAAAUGAUAAAGCAAUUUUUUUGAUGUCUGAUUGCCCCUGUAUUUAAUCAAUUGUACACUUUUGGUAGGCACAUUAGUCAUGUCACUUGCACACCUAUACCACAUGCAUGAUCAGGAAGUCAAUUUUUUAAAUUGCCAUGUUAAAAUAAUACUAAGAAUACAGACUUGUUAGGUUUGUAUUUCUUGCCUUUAGUUUCAUAAUGUUUUAAAUUUGAGGGAUUGCUGUUUUAAGUAGAUGCCACAGAAAGAUAGUUCAGCAAGAAAAGAAAUCUUUGAGAAACACAGCUUUACAAUGGGGAAAAUGGGACUGAUGAAAAUGCUCUGAGAGCUGGCAUAGACUCAACUUGUUGAAUGAUGUAUGAGAAAGGUGAAAAAAUAACAAGACCCUUGCAGAAGCGUUUGAACAAGAAUGAACAGAAGCAGUUAUGCAGACAUGGGGUGAUUUACUAUUGGAGUCAUUGAAUCUUGGUUUGCAAGUUGACCUACAAGCCAAUAAUCAAUAAUAAUAAUUUAAAUAACAGUUGUAAAGCAACUGACUGUCAAUUUAUUUUUAAAGCUACAUACGUAUCCGGUGUUCUUAAGAGUGAAAGGAAAGUCUAACUAUGGUUCUAAUUAAAUGUCUUCCCAGUUUCUCAGUUGCAUAAAUAUGUUUGGACAAUCCAGCUACAUUUCAUGUGUAGUUCAGUCCAAUGUUGAAUGUUACUGCCUCCUUUCACUGAAGUGUAAUGGAGUGUACCCUAAUUGAAAGGAUUUGAACUGGCACAUUUUUCUAACAAUGUUUUAGAACCAAUUAUUUUCCAAAAAAAUCUAUGUAAUCAACUUUUAGCAUGUAUUUGAUUUGAUAUAUUGUAUUUAAUUCAUAUUAGAAUUAAAAGUUUACUUGCAGAGAAACUUGGGUAAAUGUAUUUUGGAAGAGAUGAGUAAAAACUUUUCAUAAA